GAAAGGAAUGAGGGGAUCCGCGUCCGAGAUCGAAGGGACAAAACCUGGACCUUUUCUCUUUCACUCUCUCUCUUAUUUGGGAGAGACACACGUUGUGACAUUAAUUCAAACAGUUUUUAUAUAUCAGAUCCAGUGGAUGAGAACUCCGCCAUCACUGCUCUCUCUAGCCAUUGACACGGGUGUCUCUCACCUCUCUGAAAUCUCAGAUCUCUCACCUCUUCCUGAUCACAUCCUUCUCGAUCUCUUCCUGAGAACACUCAGAGCCGGAAAGCUGACAGAAAAAAUUCUAAAGCUCUUUAGGGAAUCUGGGAGAGAAGAAGUCAUUUCAUUCAUCCAGGCUUUGAAUAUUCAGCACGUUGUCAUCCCCGUUCUUCCCACCAGAUGUUCUGAGAAAUUCUAAUAUUGGCCGAAAUUGUGUUAGUGAAUCCUUUUUUAGCUCCCAGCUACACUAUUAUUCAGGCGGAUAAGAAAGUUUCUGAAUUUAGAAUAUCUACUUUUCAAAGAUGUCUCUAGUGAACAUCAAGGACAGUGAGAUUGAUAUUGUGAUUGGGGCUGUCAAUGCGGACCUAACAUCGUUCAUGAAUGAAUGGAAACCAGUAUUCUCUAGUUUGCAUUUGAUAAUUGUCAAAGACCCUGAUCUCAAGGAGGAACUCCAGAUCCCUGGAGGCUUUAACCACCAAGUCUACACUAAGUCUGACAUAGACCGAGUUGUAGGUUCUAAAAAUUCAGUGCUGUUCUCUGGUUAUUCCUGCAGGUAUUUUGGUUAUCUUGUAUCUAGGAAGAAAUACAUUAUUUCUAUUGAUGAUGACUGUGUCCCUGCUAAGGAAGGCCAGGAGUUUCUGAUAGAUGCUGUAGCGCAGCAUAUUUCUAAUCUUACAGCUCCAGCUACUCCAUUCUUCUUUAAUACACUUUAUGAUCCUUUCCGUAAGGGAGCAGAUUUUGUCCGCGGGUACCCAUUCAGCCUGAGAAGUGGGGUUGACUGUGCACUGUCAUGUGGACUCUGGCUCAAUCUAGCUGACCAUGAUGCACCUACACAAGCCCUCAAGCCAAACCAGAGGAAUUCUAGAUAUGUUGAUGCAGUAAUGACUGUUCCAGCUGGGGCCAUGAUGCCCAUCAGUGGAAUCAACAUUGCUUUUAACCGUGAGUUGGUGGGUCCUGCAUUGUGCCCAGCUCUACGGUUGGCCGGGGAAGGAAAUCUGAGGUGGGAAACAAUGGAAGACAUAUGGAGUGGAAUGUGUGUCAAGGUUAUGUGUGAUCACCUGGGCCUCGGUGUGAAAACUGGGCUUCCUUACGUUUGGAGGAAAGAUAGAGGUAGUGCCAUUGACAGCCUGAAAAAAGAGUGGGAAGGAGUGAAGCUGAUGGAAGAGGUUGUCCCCUUCUUUCAGUCAGUGAGGCUGCCGCGAACUGCAAAAACACCUGAGGAUUGUGUCGUUGAGUUAGCAAAAGCAGUUAAGGAGCAACUAGGAGCUGUGGAUCCCGUGUUUACUCGUGCUGCUGAAGCCAUGAUGGAGUGGCUCAAGGUCUGGAAGGCCGUCGGAUCAGGUUCAUCCCUUGCAGUGUAGAAGUUACUAUUGCUUAAAAUAGUUCAAUUACCUCAGCUGCGAUAUCAGAGUUAGAUUUAUUUACAGUUAUGGAGUUUUGAAUCCCUUGCAUGCUUUUUUUUUUUUGCUACAUUACCUUGAGACUUGAAGAAGCAAUUAAAGGUACAUUAUUCAGUGUUAUAUGAAAAAAGAUGGUUCCGCUUUUGUUUUCUUCA